CACUGACACGAAAAGCCUUUGCGUUACUGCGUGGAUCACUGAGCGGCAGGGAACACUUUGUGCGUGGAUAUUUUCUCGCCACUUCUUCUGGAGGAAUAUUAUUUCUAUUUUAUUUAACUUUUUACAGAUUUGCCUGGAAAAUGGAUUUAUACAUUUGCAUUUCCGUGUUUUCUGUGAUGUACACCUGGAUCUUGUGCACAGUUCUGUCUGCGCCUGUGGGAGAGACGCACUCACUCAUCCCCUCCAUCAGCUCCACUCUCACUCACGGGGGACAUGUGCGGAACAAGCGCUGCUCCUGCGCCACUUUCCUGGACAGAGAGUGCGUGUACUUCUGCCACCUGGACAUUAUAUGGGUCAACACACCUGAGCGCGUGGUCUCAUACGGACUGGGCAACGUUCCCAGGACGAAGCGCGCGGCGCUGGACUCCAUGGCAACCAGGAGCGGACCGCGCUGCCAGUGUUUGCGCGAAAAUGACAAAUCAUGCAGGAGCUUCUGUGGACUGGACCAAACCAUCAGGUCUGAGACAUCGCCUGCCACGGUGAUCCGCUCUGCCCAGGGCGAAGGCUGCACUGAGCCACAGUGCAAACACAAGCUGGCGGCUGACACGAGCGGGAUUAAGAGCAUGGAGAACAAGAAGCAGGUGUCACCAUCAGCAGCGCUGAGGGCGGCCUCCAAAACCCGCCAGCUGCUGGAGAAGUGGAUGGUGCAACUGCGCCACAGGGUGAGGACAUGGCAGGGCGAGAGCACGGCCUCCUAAGAAGACUAGAUGCCCUUCACACCUUGUCACACGGACGGGGAAAAGGGUUUCGUAACCACAGGCGACUUCUUAGAAGCCACGUGCAAGUGGGGAGAGCCAGCGCUAAGGCCAGCGAACUAACUUCACGUCGGCCGCAGGGUCACAAUGCGUCUGCAGCAGAGUGUGUACGACUCAUCAGACGCGUGGACGAGGUCAGAGACAAGACGGGGAGUUCAAGUGAAAAAAAAAGGACAUAAGCUGAAGAGAGGCGCCAGCUUCAGUCUGCACAGUCAAGGACGUUAAUUGCUCUGUGGUCGGACUCUGUCACUCCUAAAAAAAACCAAAGCAUUUCAAAAACUUGACUUUCCUGAAAGGAUUUAAAGCUGCAGUGUGUAACCUUUCACAAACCAUGUAACAUUAUUUGCAUGCGGUGUCCUUCAUCUGAAAAUAGGCUCUGUCAAGCAAUACUAUCAGACCUGACUGAGGGAGCGUUUGUGUGUAUACAGCUGUAGUGCAGGGGCAGCAGAAUUCACUUGUAAGACUUGUCAUGGGCACUUCUUUGUGUUUUCUCUCUUUACUAGCAGUGUUACUGUUGCCUCCGACUGUCAUCACAUAAUACCACUCACUUCCUGCGUGCAGCGUCACCAGGAGACACAAGCUCUAAACAAGGGCUAAACAGCUAAUUGUUUUUUUUUUUAUCAAAAUCAUUAUUUGGAAAAGUGCAAUUAUUAAAUCACAUAGACUGCAAAGAAAUUCUUCUGUUGGAAACAAUAUCUUUAAAUUCAAAAAAUCCAGCAGGCAAAUUAGAUUAGAUUAGAUAUUUUCCCAAAAUCAUUCAGCCCUAAACAACCCACAGACACACAGAGAUGGUCGUGUGGGGCUGAUUUUUGGUGAUGUUUGAAAAAGCUUAAACAUGAAAUCCUGAUGUGACAGAAAAUAAACUACCACUGAGGCAGUCAUGCUUUUACCUUCUAUUUCAAAAUGGCAAUUUAUCACACAAACAAACCAUGUGUGAUGCCGCUGACAUGUGUGUCAUAAAUGAGACAUUUGUCUUUUCAGUGACUGAAAUUAUUUACUGCCUUUUACACAACAGCUGACCUCCGUGUGUUCGGGCCACAGGUCACUGUAGCUACAGUAGCUGCUGGCAGUUUUCCUGAUGUUAAACAGAUGUUAUCACAGACGUCGGUGCCUUUAUCACCAUUUAUGAUUCCACUGUAUGUAUGUGAUGUAUGUCCCUUGUUUUGUUUAUUUAUUCUUUUUUUUACACGUUAUUCGAUGGCCGUGUUGGUCCAUCGUGUUCUGACUGUCAUUUCUGUGAAAUGUGGAGUCACUAAAGUGCCAUUAUGUGGCAAGAUUUAUUAAAACGUUUCUCUUAUUUAAC